CUUCUCUUGUUCUUCUUCUUGCAUGUUUGGGUUGUUGAAGUUUGAGGUGUCUUCUUGCAAGGGAGCUAGCUUGAUUGCCUUGCAUUGCAUCUGCAUGGUAUGAAGGGUCUAGAUAAAAGAAGAGAAGGGAUCAUGAAGAACAAGAAGAAGAAGAGGGUGGAGGAGGAAGACAAGGAUUCAGAGGAUUGGUGCUUCUGCUGCUAUGAUGGUGGAGAUCUUAUGAUUUGCGACCACAAGAGUUGCUUAAAAGUGUAUCAUCCAGGAUGCGUAGGAAAAAAGAAAAACUCCAUGUACUCUGGAAAGCGCUGGACUUGUAGUAGGCAUUCUUGUGUAGUGUGCUCUGGUACCUCAAGGUUUUAUUGGCUUUGUUGUCCACAUGCAUUAUGUAGAGAUUGCAUAGGUGCUUCUGAACUUGCACUACUAAGGGGGAAGAAUGGCUUGUGCAAGAGCUGUGUAAAGCGUAUUCUGCUGGCAAAAGAAAACUCAGAAUAUGGUUUAGAGGGAGAUAAAAUAGACUUAGAGGAUCAAGAUGAAUGGCUAUUCAAAGAAUAUUGGGAGAUUGUAAAGGAAAAGGAAGGAUUGACUUCAGGCGAUGUUUAUUCAGCAAAUUCCGAUUUAAAGAAGAGAGAAAAUCAAAGCUGCAGAUUCUUACCUGUAAAUAUAUAUUAGUGAAGUGACGAAAGUAGGGACUUGACAAUGUCAGACAGCGACACUAGUGGCACUGGUGUUACAGAAAUUCAGAAGCCAAUGAGAUUAAGAAAGGGAUCUAAGCGACUAGAGUUUAUAGGAUGGGGUUCUAAACCUCUCAUUGAGUUUCUAAGAUCCAUUGGGAAGGAUACAACUGAGAAGAUAUCCCAGCUUGAUUUGGACAAGAUUAUCUGUAACUACAUCAGAGAUAAAGAGCUUUAUGUGACCAAGGACAGGAGAAAGGCUCUAUGUGAUCAAAGUCUGCAAUCCAUUUUCAGAACGAAAUUUGUAUUCCUGGUAAGGAUAUAUGGUCUUCUAGGGGAACAUCUUGCCGAGAACAUAACAGAGGAUAGUGGAAGCGAGGAUGAGGAAGAAAUCAAAUUGGAAGAUAAGAACAAUGGUACUACUCAUGAACGCAAGAAGAGAAGAGUGAGCUCUGAUACAACCAUAGCAUCUGAUGAAAAGAAAGCAAGUCCUAGAUUCCAAAAGGGCUGUUUUGCAUCUAUUAUCCCUGAGAAUAUGAAGCUUGUUUACGUAAAGAGGAGCUUACUGGAGAAGUUACUGAAGGAGCCUGAUCAUUCGGAAAGCAAGGUACUAGGGAGUUUUGUGAGAGUGAAAAAUAACCCCCUAGACUACCUUCAGAGAAAUACUCACCAACUUUCACAAGUUAAAGGUAUUGUGUGUACUAUGCAGUCAAUAUCAUGUGAUGCAUUCUGUUACUAAUGUUAGAUUGAAUAAAUGUCAGCCUUGCACUUUGAAUGUU